CUGCAAUAGGCAAGGAGCAAUCCAUGUGAUGUUGCGUUAGUGGCUUAGUGAGCUCCGGUUCACAUCCGGCGCAGUGCAGCAGGCGGAGGCCAAACAGUUGUUCAGUUCUUCCACGCACCCAUACAUCGCUCGUAUCGCCACCUCCCAAUUCCACCUCAUCCCGCAACAAUUCUCAGGCGUGGGCAGCCAUGAUGGCCGGCGCCCUUGCCGUUGCGCAACCCGCAGCAGCUCUCCUGCCAUGCGGCGGGACGAACCUCUCCGGCCGUCUCCCACGGCUGCCGUCUCCCAGAUUUUCAGGCGAUUCAUCUCUCAGUCGCUCACUAUGCUCUGCUGCCUCUGCGUAUUUUCCACCUGGUUUCUCUGUAUACAGGCACGGUGUUGUGUUUACACGCAUGAUGUGCCCUGCAAUGCGUGGCGCAGGUAGGAGCAUAAGGAGCCGCAGCGUCGUUGCAAAGGUUGCGCAAGACAGUUCAGAAUCGUCGGGGAGCAUCGUGAAAUACGUCAACAACUCUUUCAGCGCUCCUGAAGACAUCAUUGCUCUAGUUGGUAUAGGCUUUGCAGCAAUAGCUGCAUUAUGGGCUUCAGUAAAUCUUGUUGAGGCCAUCGAUAAGCUCCCUGUUCUUCCUCUUCUCUUUGAAUUAAUUGGGAUAUUAGUUGCAUGGCUCUUCAUCUACAACAAUCUCUUCUUCAAGUCAGAUAGGUAAUAACUAGGCGGAUUGGCGCGCCUAUGGGAAGAGUUUCUGAAGAACGUCAAAAGCUCAGUAUCUCGAAUCUUGGGGCAGUAAAUUUUUGAAGCAGCAGCUGACAGCAAGCAUUCGGUCAUUGGUUCUCUUUAGGCCUGGCGAGAUGUAAUGUUUAACUGUAUGCAUAUACUGUGAGCAGCGAGUGCUACCAUAUUUCACUCUCUAGAAGCAAUACCUUUUUCUUGUACAGCCGUACAGGUUAGUGUGAUUAUAAUCAUACUCCUAAUGUGAUGCCGGAAGUUUCUUCUAUUAUGGAAAAAAGAAAGACUUCCAACUUCCAUUAUA